AUGGACAUCGAUUUAGAGGAAUUGACCGCCGAAAACCUCACCCCCCAUGUCAUCAAGGUUUCCACGGAAAAUGUCAAGAACGAACGUCUUAUUGAGUUGGUUACCGGCUUAAUACAGCACUUGCACGAUUACGUUAAACAAGUUCAGCUGAAGCCAGCUGAAUGGGAUGCGGCUAUUCAAUACCUUACCCAAGUUGGCCAUGACUCAUCAACUGAUAGGCAGGAGAUGAUUCUGCUGUCUGAUGUUCUUGGCGUGUCUGCACUGGUUGACACCAUAAAUUCUGCUCAGGCAAAGGUCAACUCGGCAACAGAGUCAUCUGUCCUUGGGCCUUUCCAUUCUGAAGAUACGCAUACCCUUACUAAUGGGCAAUCAAUUGGCUCCCCUGGCGUUAUAGGAGAGCUUAUGCUUAUACACGGAACGGUAAGGUCGGUCGGUGGUUUCCCAAUCGAGGGUGUUGCUGUAGAUGUUUGGGAGACGAAUGGAAAUGGGUUCUACGACAUGCAAGACCCCAGGCGCGAUGGACCAAAUUGUCGAGGCAUAUUCCAAACUGAUAGCCGAGGUCGAUAUUAUCUGGUAGGCGUGAAGAGUGUCAACUACGACAUCCCAAUUGACGGAUCCGUCGGACUUUUGCUUAAUAUAUUGAAACGGAAUAUUACGCGUCCCGCACAUGUGCAUUUUCAGUUAAAACAUCCCCUUUAUCUCAAUCUUACGACAGCUUUAUAUGCUAGUGACAGCGAACACAUCACCUCAGAUCUAGUCUUUGGUGUGAAGAAAUCCCUUGUCAAGAGCUUCCAGUGGAAUAAUAACCCGGCAGCGCUUAUCAACGAGUUUCAUUUGCAGGAGGCUCUCCAAAAAAUGAGAUGGGAUGGGAAAGGGCUAUGGGUUCUGCACCAUGAGUGUGUUCUGCUAGAGAAGUAG